AUGGACGAGGAGGACUUUGGAGAAGUCCCAGACUUCAGUCAACUCCUUGAGCCCGACGCACCACCCCAACCUGCGCCGCAAUCCCCCCAUCCGCAGCCUCCUGCCCCGUCAAAGAUUAUUCAACCAACGCCACAAAUCCUCCCCAAUCGCAGCGCGCGGUCCGCUAUCCUCGUCUCAGCACGACAGAAGGGCAAUCCUAUAUUAAAUCAUGUUCGGCUCUUGCCUUGGGAGUAUGCCGACAUACCGGCUGAUUAUAUACUUGGAGCGACAACUUGCGCCCUUUUUCUCUCCCUAAAAUAUCAUCGCCUACACCCGGAAUAUGUGUAUUCGCGUAUAAAAUUACUGGGCGGAAAGUAUACUCUGCGUAUUCUUCUGGUAAUGGUAGAUAUACCAAACCAUGAAGACAGUCUGAAAGAGUUAUCUAAAACGUCUAUCGUGAAUAAUCUGACUCUGAUUUUAUGUUGGUCUGCAGCGGAAGCCGGACACUACCUGGAACUGUUCAAAUCAUCCGAAAACGCCCCACCAACUGCGAUUCGAUCUCAACAGCCACGGUCUUAUAAAGAUAGCUUAGUGGAAUUUAUUACAACACCAAGGAGUAUUAACAAAUCGGAUGCUGCCAGCUUGAUCUCCACGUUUGGUAGUUUGCAAGCAGCUAUCGACGCACAGCCAGAACAAAUUAGUACUGUUCCCGGAUGGGGAGAGAGAAAAGUCAGCCAGUGGACCAACGCUGUGAAGGAAGAGUUCAAAACUCGAGCUGCUCAAGCAACUAUUGCUUCCGAGAAGAACAAUGGCAUAGCGCGCUCGGCGAGUGUAGUUUGCCCAGGUGCAGAUGAAGAAUACCUAGAUGGUAUCUUUAGGGAAGCAGUUGAAGAAGAGGAGCGUCUUCUUUCUGGACAAGUCCUGGCCGGUAGCACCUUUGAAAAAUCUAGGUCACGGGAAUCGGACAAGCGAUCAUUUUUAGGUCACAACAUUCAAAAUGUGGGAGAAGUAAGCUCCAAAAGCAAGGCUGAAGGGGAAAAUGAGGGCAUCAUGACAGCUCUAGCCAAACUGAGAGAAGAAAAAGGCUGA